CCCCACCCCCACCCAACGGAGAGAGAAUACGGCUACUCCCAUUCUCUCUCUCUCGCGUCGCGUUCGUUGGCUCGUUCGUUCCCCUCCUCCUCCUCCUCCACGCUGCUCCACCUCUCGCUACGCUUCUUCGCUGGUAAGAUCGCACCAACCCAAUCCUGAAUCCUUCCUCCUCAUCCCCCCUCGUCUCGCCGAUUGCUGAUCUCGGAUCCGUUCGUUAGGUAAACCCUAGAUGGCUUGAUCGCGCAAUCGCUCGGAGCAAAGGCGAGGAGAGGGGAUUGGGUGGAGGGUUCAAUUCAAUUUCGUCAAUUCGUUUGCGCGGCGCCCGCUGCGGCCCGUGCGGUGUAGGCGGCGGCGGCGGAGCGCUCGCGGGGGAGCGGCGUUGUGGCUGGGGAGAUGGUGAAGAAGAAAGGCAAGUAUAGCCCCGGCGCGAGCGGCAGCGGCAGCGGCAGCGGCGGCGGCAAUGCGGGAGGAGGCCCCAGGCCGGGCGGCAGGGAGACGGUGGUGUGGUCCGAGAAGAUGAACGAGUAUCUCAUCGACGCGUUGCUGCACCAGCAGGCGAUCGGGAACAGGGGCGAGGGGAGGUUUCACUCCGCGGCCUUCGAUAGCAUCAUCUCCGGGGUCGCCGAGAGGUUCGGGGUGGCCAUCGACAGGUCAAACAUCAAGAACCGUCUCAAGUCCAUCAAGGAGAACUUCCAUGAAUGCGAGAACCUCUUCCAGAACCAGAGUGGCUUUAAGUGGAGCGCGAUGAACAAGAAGUUUUAUGCUGACCCAACUGUUUGGAGGGAGUACAUCGAGAGGAAACCGGAAGCCAGGAAAUGGAUCAACAAGCCCAUUGAUCAUUACGAUAGGUUACUAGAGCUAUUCGGUAAGGAUAGAGAAAGAUGUCUAGCUUCUGGCAGCCCAAAGAGUCCACCGGCAAAAAAGGCGCGAAGAGACCCACCAAAGGAGAAACCUCAACGGACACCAACAAAUGGUUUGGUGUCACCCAUUGUCAAAAGUUUGAAAGACAUGGAAUCUCAACGGACACCAACAAAUGUUUUGGUGUCACCCAUUAUUAUCAAAAGUUCGAAAGAAAUGGUGAAUGAAAACGAGGUCCCUAGCGAGGCGGUAACAGAAAUUAACAUAGCUGAGGAGCAGGAUCUAUCAGAAAAGUUCACAAGUGAGAAUGGUGCUAUGCCAGUUGAAGGUAAUUCAUGUGGUACAGGUAUGCCCUAUGCUCCCGAAAACUGGCCAUGUCCUGGAGAUCAAUGGAGCUGGAAAGUGGGAAACAGGGCUUCUGCAACUGGCCACUGGCUUGAUAGGUACCUUACACCGCCCUCACGUUUUCGUGAUGCUACUGGUAAAAAGACAUCAUUCACAAGUAGACUAAAGGUUGAAGAAUUUAUCAAGACAGAGUUUCCAGAUAUGGAUCCGAACACAUUCUUUUCUAUGUUUAUUUGGAAGAUCCCUGCUAAAGGACACUGUAUCCAAAGAGGAGGUGGAGAAGUGAGGAGGGUCUUUUGUCCUUAUGCAAGGCAAGCUGAUCCAGCUGGACCAUGCAAGGCCAGGAAUAACUUGUGUAAACUUGAGAGAGAGGGAUUCAUUGAAUCAUCUCCGGCACAGGAUUGUGACCUCUGCUGCAAAAUGCCUGAUUUCUGCCGAGAGUGCUGCUGUGUUUUCUGCCGCAGGGUUGUUGACUAUUCCUUUGGAGGUUAUAGCUACAUUAAGUGUGAGGCAGUCCUAGAAGAGAACAAAAUAUGUGGGCAUAUUGGGCACCUUGAUUGUGCUCUCCGUACUUUUAUGGCUGGAACAGUUGGAGGAUGUAUUGACUUGGACAUGCAGUAUUGUUGCAGACGUUGUGAUAACAAAACGAACUUGAUGCUGCACGUAGAAAAAUUCUUGGAAAUAUGCCAAUCUCUUCAAUCAAGGGAUGACAUUGAACCUAUCCUGAAUACUGGCUUAUGCCUAGUGCGUGGUUCAAGACAAACAAGAGCAAAAAGCUUGGAGAGCAUUAUGAGAUCAGCAAUGGCAAAGCUAAAGUGUGGGGUUGAUCUUGCUGAAGUUUGGAAAAUGGAAGAUAAUGGUAUCAACUCAACUCCAAGUGCAGAAGUUUCCCCUGCUACCGGUGGUGUAACAGUGCUUGGGAUCCAGCAAGCUCCAGAAGAGGAUGCUCCUCCAGGGUUUCCAUAUUAUGUUGAUUUGGCUGACAAUGAUUUGCAGAGGGCUGUUGAAAAUCUUCCAGCUUACAUUACCGAGGAUCAACACACACUGUCUGUCAGGUUCGAAGAUUCGAUAGAUCAUGCUCUUAAAGAACUGAAGAGAUCUCAGGAAGCAGAGUACAAGCUGGCAGAGCAGAAGCUUUAUUCCCAGAAGGAUCAUGUCCUGAGUCUUUAUCGUCAGCUUGAUUCUGAAAGAUCCGUCCUUGCAGACCCUAUGCCCUUAGCUGAUGAUGAUGGUUCACUAUAUAGUACACUAAUCACCAAUGUUAUGAAGCGUGUGGAUCAAGUGAAGAGUGAAGAGGAGAAGCUCAAGGUCAUGCUGGGAAUCGCUGAUGGAUUUGGGAAAACGCCAUCAGGAGUCAUUCAGGAGCAUUUCGGGCUACCUGCUGAUACUGCCAACUGAGAGUGCCUGCUUUGUUGUACUGUCGUAUGAGUUUGUUACCAACCCAUCUGGUUUGGACUAAACCAGUAAUACCGUGAAACUCGCGGUAAUCCGUGGACAUGCCUUUAGGAACCUUCGCUCUCCCUAAUACCAGUUUUACCGUUUAGCAGUACCAGUUUUACCGUACUUAAAGUGAUCGUUCUACUGUCAGCGUCGUUUAUCCUUGUGUUCUUCUGUCGUGUAAGUAAAUUUACAUUACAGGUUGCUUCUGCUGCAGCUGCUGUGAUCCCAGAGCAAUGUUGGAGAGGUAAGCAUUUACAGAUUUUGACUAGAAUGAGCAGCAGCGCAGCACGGAGGCAAUUUUCCUUUCAGUAAUUACUGCUUGUCAGUUGUAAGAUUAGGCGAUAUUCCUGUUGGAAUCGCAAUACUGAAGAAUUCAUGGAGCUGAAGGAACCCCGGCGAUUGAUGAAA